CCUCCAGUGACAGAAGAAAAGGCCACUUCUCCUCAGUGACUCCUCCCUUUCCUCCUCUCUGCUCCUCCUCUCAUCAGCUCCUACUUCAGGAGGAGCUUGGACUGUUUCACCUCCACAUGCAGCUCCACGGCCUCUCCUUUUCUGUCUUUCUUCUGACUCCUCCCUCUAACCUGAAAUGUCCCAUGAGUCCGAGCAGCUGACUGGUCAGGUGAUCAGUCCCUCCCACUGGUUGGAUGAUUCCAGCUGUCAGUCACUGAUGUCAGCCUAUUUCCCUCCUCCUCCAUACGUGUCCUUAUAUGGUCAUUCAACUCCGCCCCCUGCAUGCCUCUUCUCUACAUUAAUACCAACAACAACAACAACAACAACAACAACAGGAUGGAACAGUUACUAUGGCAACCUGUACUCCUCCUCCUCCUCCUCCUGCUGUCUGACAGGUGAAGAGGGCAGUGUGCAGAGGGGGCGGGGCUUUGGACCAGAGGAGCGUGAGUGUGUGUCCUGUGGGGCCCACAGCGCCCCCCUGUGGAGCAGAGACACCGCCGGACAACACCUGUGUAACACCUGCAGCCUGGAACAGAAAAGCAUGUGGCAGAACCGACCUCUGCUGAGGCCCAAGAAGAGGACGUGUUCGACUCAGAGGAAAGGCACUCAGUGUGUGAACUGUCUGACGUUAAAAACCACCCUGUGGAGGAGGAACGCUGCAGGACAACCCGUCUGCAACGCCUGUGGACUCUACUUCAAACUACACCAGGUGAACAGACCGUUGACCAUGAAGAAAGAAACCACCCAAACCAGGAAGCGCAAAGUGACCAAUAAGAACAAGAGGAGCAGGAAGGUCGACCAAUCAGCAGCUGAUCUCAGUUUCCUCUUCACUUAAAUCUACUUUUCUUGUCAUUUUUCUUUUCAGAAUGUCUGAUUUUCUCUCAUCUGGAUUUCUUUUAUAAACUCAUUAUCUGUAUGUUUGUGUGGAUUUGUAAUAAAUAGUUUGUCAC